UAUUCUACGUUUACAAAUUUAAGCUGUCAAACUUAUGUUUGUUUAAUGCUUAUAGUAGAAACAUUCACAUGUACAACGAUUCGGUUGAAUUUUAAAAUACUUGAUUUUCUCUGCAAAUUUAACGAUAAUUGCGCGCCAGUGUUGCGUAAUGGCCGCACGUUGUGGUGUUAACAACUGAAUCGCUUUGCAACACAUCAAGAGACACAAAAAUUUUUUCGGUCUAAAUUCCUAACUAGAGUUAGUCUGUGUGCGAUUUUGGCGGCGGGAUUGGGAGUUCCCGGUACCGCAGUGAUCUGCACCGGAAAACCAGCCAUCGGAAAUCUCAAGCCAUGGAGAGCGAGAAGAUUCUAAUGGCCGCCGGAGUGACGGUAGCCGCCGUAGUCGGAGCCUUCGUUUUCUGGGGUCCUUCGGGUUCCCGUUUGCGUCAACGACGCGGCCAAAUUGCCGGUCUCCACAACUUUGGACUGACCUGCUUCCUAAACACCCUGCUACAGGCGAUGGCCGCCUGUCCCCAGUUCAUUGCCUGGCUGCAAUUGUACAACAACGCCUCGCCGGAUCGAAAAAGCUUAAUUACGUCGAUGUUAAACACUCUGGAAGUGGUCAAUGGCACCCAUGCCACUCUGCGCGGCGAUCCCUAUUCACCGGGAGCCGUUCUCCGGGCUCUGAAUGCCCUGGGCUGGGUGAUUCCACAGGAGGAGCACGACGCCCACGAGCUGUUCCACGUGCUAUUGACCUGCCUGGAGGAGGAGGCCAUACGACCACAGCCCCUCGGCUGUCUGUCGGAUGCUCUGCCCACGGAUAACGAUGAUAACAGCAGCUUGGCAGGCACAGCAACGCCAGUAGGGGGCUUUCGAUCAUUUAGCUCCAUGGCAGCGGGACUGGGAGCCAGCCAGAGGAUCGGGGAUCAACCGAACCGGCCCUCCAGUGCCAUGCUCACUGAUUUCUUAAACAUGGAGUAUGAUGAGAGCACCAGUUUGCAGCGAUUGGUGCGUUCCGAGGCCCACACACCGGAUUCGCCUGCCUCUGUUUGCGAACGCGACGGAAACGAUCGCCUGGGAUCCGUGCUUCUGGAUGCCGUUUCGCCAGGGACACCCUUUGGCUUUCCGCUCGUCAGCAAUCCGGAUUCCUUGGCUACGCCUAUGUUGGGCGGCGAGCGUUCGUCGCGACCGCGACUUCCACAAUCCCAACAGCAGCAGGAUGAGGGUCUGAAUCGCCGGGUGUCCAGCUCCUGUCGAUCGCUAGAGCGCCUGCAUCGCGGACCAGGUCGGGUGUCCAUCUGGUCCAACAUGAUGCCCAGCCAAGUGGCGCAUCCGUUUCAGGGCGCCAUGGGCGCACAGAUCGUGUGCAAUGGCUGCGGCUCCAAGUCGGCCGUUCGGUACGAUAAGUUCGACAGCAUAACGCUAAAUCUGCCGCCGCAACGCAGAACUGGCUUGAGUUUGGGCCACUUGCUUAGCGAGUAUAUCACAUCGGAGGAUCUGAGCGAUGUCAAGUGUGACUCCUGCAACGAGACCACCACGCACACCAAAUCGGUUACGUUCGCUAAACUACCGGCCUGCCUGUGCAUCCAUGUGGCGCGGACGGUGUGGCUGCCAACUGGACAGGUGUGCAAGCGGAAGGACUAUGUACACUUCCCCGAGAGCCUCUCCAUGGCGCCCUACAGCUUCGUGCAGCCGCAUCUCAAUAGCCAGGCUGGCACUCCCUGGGGCUCGACAAUGUCGCUGUAUUCCUCCAGCCUGCCGAUGAACAAUGGCGUUGGUGGUGGCGAGGGCUUUGGCACGAUGUUCCCCAAGAAUCUUUACCGGCUUCUGGCCGUGGUGGUGCACUCCGGGGAGGCAAACAGCGGUCACUUUGUAACCUACAGGCGUGGCUCGUUGCGGAACGCACAUCGGUGGUACUACACAUCGGAUACAAUUGUGCGGGAGGUGAGCAUCGACGAGGUGUUGAGCGUCCCCGCCUAUCUUUUAUUCUACGAUCGUGGCCAGCAGAGGCAGCUAAAUCUGCGCUAGUCAGGUGUAGGUCGUCGGUAUUAUUCUAGUCCAUACUUUUGAUGUGAUGAAUAUGAAUAUCCGAAACCAAAUCCUUUUCGUCGAACGGUGGCCAUAGCAAACACGCGUCACAUUUAUAUAGAUAUAUAUACAUAACUCAUAUAAGUACGGGAACCCACGAUGAUCUGACCUAUACUCGGCGGGUUCAUGUAAUGGUCUCCGCAUAAUCCAAACUCUGUGUACGGCUUAUUGCAUAUAGGAACUCCCUAUCGUAACAGAGAGCUCGACUCUUCAUUUGUUAUCUAUGCAUUUAAGAUUUUUUAAGAAUUCCAAAUUCAUGCCGUGCUUUUAGCUGUCUGUAUUUAGCAAUGUACACAAAUCAACUACCAAUAAUUGUUUGCGCGUUAAUUCUGUAGGAUAGAUGUUCAAUAAAAAUUUCGAAAUCAGUUCC